AAAAGGUUGAUGACAAUAAAGGUAGUAACAUCCCAAUGCCACUGAGUAUGUGGGAUUUUGGACAUUGUGAUCCAAAAAAAUGUUCAGGUAAAAAAUUAGUUAGAUUAAAUAUAGUAAAAGAAUUAAAAAUAUCAACCAGAUUUCGUGGGGUUGUAUUAAGUCCGGAAGGAAAGCAGGCAGUUUCACCGGCAGAUCGAGCAAUUGUACAAGAACAUGGAAUUGCUGUUGUUGAUUGUUCUUGGGCUAAAUUAGACGAUGUUCCAUUUAGUAAAUUGAAAACUGGGAAUGAUCGAUUAUUGCCAUAUUUAGUAGCUACAAAUCCCGUAAAUUAUGGUCGCCCAUGGAAAUUGAAUUGUGUUGAAGCAUAUGCUGCUUGCUUUUACAUAACUGGGUUCAAAGAAUAUGCUCAAGAGUUAUUAUCAAAGUUUAAAUGGGGCCACUCUUUUCUUACUCUUAACGGGGAGUUAUUAUCAAAAUAUGUACAAUGUGAAGAUAGUAUAGAAGUUGUUAAAGUUCAAAAUGAAUGGUUAAACCAUUUGAAAGAAGAAUAUUCUCAAGCUCGUGAAAAAGAUGAUGAUGAAGAUGAUGAUUUAUUGAUUAGAAAUCCAAAUCAUGAGUUAUGGGAUCAAGAAGAGGAUAAUAAUGAGAAUGAAGAAUGA